AUGUCAUCUAACUGGACCGACGUAAUAAGUUGUAUCAAAGAUAAAAGUGAACCUACGCUCUUAUAUAGAACAGAAACGUUUAACGUAAUUAAGAUUAUAGUAAAAAGAGAACAUGAAAUCCUUAAUCAUAAUGAGGAAUACAAUACAUUCUUCGAUCAUCUCAUUGCCCUACUCGCAGAAAGUAUCGCUACAAUUCCAAUUGCAGUCUCACAGACAAAAUUGCUGAACUUGCUAGAAGCUACAAAUCUCAUAAUACGCUAUAUUGUGAAACGAUUUGAGAGCCCUAAUGCACCGAUUAUAUUACUGAAAGCAUUGAAAUCACUUUGUGAUGUGGAUGCACCACUUGAUAACUAUCCAGCAUAUGCAUGCUUAAAGAACAUGAAGCAUCCAGAUAAUUCUAAAUCAUCAAAUGGCUCUGGAUCUGAUAAGGACAGUCCGAAAUCAGAAACUGUCAAAAGAUCAAGAUCUGAACUGUCUAUUGUGAUCAUGCAGCAACUUACACAGCCAUUGACAUCAUCUGGAACUGUCCCGCUUACGAAUUUCAGUGAAACGCAGUUUGACUUUACUGAAUUAUUCAGAAAAGAAGUUAUGGAUUUGCUUAAAUCCCUUAAUGCUAAUGAUGUCCUCUUAAAAUGGUGCAUUAAUUGUAUUCCAAUUAUUUCGACCAAUUAUUCCCUAAAAUAUGACACCGAACUUGUCUUACAACAAAAGUCACUCCAUUUGCCACAGACAAAUAGUGAUGCUCAAAGUAUUAAACAGUGUCUCAAGCAAAUUGAUAUAGACACAAAUAACAUUUUGCAUGUCCUUCAAUUACCGAUUAUGGACCCAUUGACUAAAGUCAGAAUUCAACAAUUAUCCCAACUAUCUAUCUCUGCAUUGUAUUGCUGUAUUGUUACAACUGUUGCUCAUAGUAUUGGCAUGAUCUCAAGUAGCACAGCUAGUACACAAACAUCAGCUCCAAAAAGCACAUCUACUUCUACUCAACAGAACAUAACAAGCUCAACAGCAAACAACAAAGAAGUUCAAUCCACAACUCCUGAAAUUGAUCCAUAUGAAGAAGUUUCCCGUAGUGUUGUCACACAGUCAUUGGAGAUUUUCAAGAGCGUCAGUGAAAUUUUAAAGAGACAUGCACAGAACAAUGUUUAUCAAAAUCAUUUAUGUAUGGGAGGAUGGAUCUUGCUUGCUGGAAUUCAAGGAGCUAUGAGUGCAUCAAGUGGAACGCAAAAGUCCUCUUCACAACUUCAAACUGGAUCAGAUGAGUUUGUUAAAAGCAAGAGUCCAUCAAGACAUGCUGAUCAAAAUGUUCCACAACCAAGAGUUAAUCUUUUCAAAGUUCAACAAGGCUUUGGAAUCUUGAAUGUGUCGAUUGCUAAGUACAGUAUUAAAAUAUUAGAGGAACUUCUUGAUGAACUAAAGAUGGAAAGUGGAGAUGGCAUUGAUUUGAAGUUUAGUGAUGAUAUUUUGAUCGUUCAACAGCAACAACUCUCGCCUGAGUUGAUUAAUUUCAAUAUUAUGAAGCUAUAUUCAUCAAUGGACAGGAUUAUCUGUGCUUUUAGUGGAACGACAAUUCAACAACUCAUGACUUUCCUAGCAACAAUCGCUUAUCGUAAAGCUUGCUCAUUAAAACAUUUAACAGAAUUUGGUGGAGAGCAAUUAAGCUACAGUGACUCAACAACAUAUUUUAAUGACACAUUAUCAUGCUCAGAGGAUGAUUCAGAUACAGAAGAUGAGGGAGAAGGUGAAGAUUCCGACGAAGAAAGUAGUGAUGGAUAUUUAGGAUCAUGGUUGAAGGAAGCAUUGUCACCUGAAGGCAAUGAUGUUGAAAAUGACAAAAAUGAUAAGAACGAUGAAAAUCAAAAGACAAACUCGCAAUUUCCAGCAAAGGAUGAACCACAUGAAUACCUUGAAUUGGCAUCGCAAAUCUUUCAGUUCCUUGAUGCAAAACUUGGUGAUGCUGAGAAUAAAUUUUUAAUUAAAUAUGUUCGUCAUGGAUUAAGUGAACAGCAAAUGGUUCUGUUGGCAAACAUCCUUAAAGAUCUAGAUUCUGAUGUUCAAAUUGGAAUUCACAAUAGUCCAAUGAUUAUUACAUCCAGUAAUGUAUCCACAAACGAUGCUACAAAUGCCGCAAUUCAAUGGAAAUCAUCAAUGGUCAAAUUUUCCAGUUCCAUCGGAAAAUACAUGCACAAUUUGAUAUCUAAUUCAUUAUUAAGUGAAUCAUUGCAGUCAUUGCUUUUGCAAAAUCUUGGAGUCAGUCCAUGGGCUAAUGACACAAACAAUUGGCCAUUAGAAGUCUAUUCAAGGAUCUUGGCAGUUGUCGUUCAAAUACUUUUAUUGAAACCGAGCCAAGAAAAAGAGGCUGCAUGUUUGUCAGUAUGGCAUCGAUUAGUGAAUACAUUAGUCGAAGGAGUUUGUGGAAAUGUCGUCAGUCAAUUUGAUGAAUAUGAUGACUUGAAUAUUGAGCAUGCUCAACUUCUCUUAUUCUUGUUCCAUUCGCUUAAUUUGAUGCAAAAGAAAUCAAUAUUGCUUCUUGUUGCCGGCGGUGUCAUUCGAUGCGCUGAAGUUUGUAGAGUCACUGGACCAGAAAAGCCACUUCGUGAUGUUCAAUUGAUUUUAUUGUCAAGAUUAUUGCUCUUCUUGGAGUAUUUGAUGAAGCAUCUUUAUAAUCCACCAGAAAUUCUAUUGGAACAAGUAAGCUGGAAUUUAUUCAGCGUAUUCUCAACUGAUUCGGACGAGAAGAAUGCAGGAUUGAUGAACUAUAAAUUAAAAAUGGCAAUGUUCUAUAGAAAGGACAUUGAAGAAAAGUACAGAAAGUUGUCAACAGUUCAUGAUGGAAUUACAAUUAAACCGAAACUGUAUUCAUUGACUGCAAUUGAUCCAUCGAAGCAAAAUGAAUUCAAACUUGAUGGUUUAGCAUGGAACUUUAUUUUAUGUACCCCAGAUAAAGUCAAAUAUCCAUUGCUUAUCGAUUCACUUGUCAGCAUUCUAAAUAUCACUGAUAUGAGCACUGGAAAGAUCCCACAUCAUUCUCAAUUCUCAAUCUACUACUGUCAUAGCCUUGCAUGGAAAUUGCUUUUAGGCUUACCACCAUCAACUUCACAUGUUGAGAAUCUCAUCAGUUUAGAUGAUAAGCAAGUUAAUCUUCACACACUUAUAUGGUCAACAAGAUGCUUAAAACCAGUCGCAAGUGGAGUUCAUUCUCAUAACUUGAUCGUUGACUGCUUGAUUCGUCAAGGAAUGUAUACACAAGCUGCUGAAACAAUGUGGAGUAACUUGACUGAGAAAUUGAAUGAUUAUAAUCAUGUCUUGACAGCUGCAAAGUUAGGAUUGGAAUCAUUCUUGCAGACCUUCCAAAUACAGACACCAAGACUCUCAAAAGUCAUCAUGCUAGAUAGCUUACUGUCACAUCUUUAUUACUAUCAAACAUUAGCUGCUAAUGGAGAAGCUAAAAGUGAUGAUCAAACUGUAUCAAGUCGACCACCAAGUGUUGACGAAUCUAUGGGUAAAAGUCUACUUGAGAAACUGAUUCAGACAUUAGAGCUUGUUAUGGGAGUAUUCAACAAAGCUAUGGCUACGAAUUUUAGUGGUCAAAUUCCUCAAAAAAUUAUGGACGCAAUUAUUGCAAUUUCUGGAACUAGAAAUAAUUUGUCUGGAGAUUUAGCUGAGAACUUGAUGAGAAGCAUUCAGUCAUCAGAUAAGGAAGUGCUGAAUAUUGAAUGGAAACGACCGAUGUGUCUUGGUGACACAAAUAUCCAACAACCAGAACAAAUUACUCUGAAUAUUGUCGAAGCUCAUUUAGUAGAAGUUUAUCGUCAUCAGAACUUUUCAGUUCUACUUUCACUUAAAAGUGUCAUUCGCAGUCUUAUGAAUUGGAUUUACUACAUGCUGCCACACUACGAUAACAGCAAACCUGAUUCAAGACUGCAGAAUCUGUUGGUUCAAAUGCAGUUUGAUGCUCGCACAGAUUUCAUCUACGAUUCAAUAACUAAAUGCCUAGAAUCUUUGAUUGGAAGUGACUCAAGCUCUGAAAAUUUCCAACUUCCAGCUUACAUGCAUUUGAUUCAGCAAACAUAUACAAUUUUGAUUGAAUAUUGUGAAUCGAGCAUGAUUGGAUCAACAAAGUCAAUGAAUAUUGAUGAAUCAGCAUUGCAUGACAUCAUUCGAUAUUAUGAAAGCUUAACUGAAAAGCCAAAUGGAUUGAAAGCAUUGAAAGAAUUCUUUUUUGAACGUAAAUUUGGAAAUCUUGUCAAUAUUUUGUUGUCAUUCAGUGGAACCAAUUUAACUCAACAAUACAGCCACAAAGUCUUAAAGUUCUUUGAAAAGCUCUUCCAAGUAUCCGAGAAUAUGGAUUCAUCAUACUCAAUUGACGAAGUAUGUGUCUCAUUAGCUGAUUUAGGAACAGUUGAUUCAGGAAAAUUAAGGAACUGGUUAAGUCACAUCUUGCUUGGACCUAAAGGAUUAUCAAUUGAUGGUGGAAGUGCUACUUCAAGCAAUUUCCCAACACCAACAAAUCUUGGAACACAGUCAUCGGCACCUCCAUCCUUGCCAAUUGAUAAGAAAUCUGGACCAGAAACAGCUGAAGCAAUGGAAGUAGAUGAAGAGUGCAGUAAAGUCGGAUUACCAUCAAUUGCUAACUGGACAACAAUUGCUCAUUCGUCAUCAAACGAUCAAGCUGUUGGUGGAGCACCAGAGAGUGUCGAAAAUAAUGGAAAACUUUUACAGAUCUUGACUAAAUAUAUUGUUGCUGAAAAUCGUGUGUCAACAAAUGUAUCACAAGCGCUAUUUCAAGCCAUGCUACAACUUGGCAAUAAUUUACUAACAAGUCCUACAGUCACUGAUGCAGUUUUGAGUGAUUUUACAUCACUCUUCCAAGUUAUGGUUACAUUAGCUGAUGCUGAUCAAGGACGUGGACAUUCAGCAUUAUUUGCAUCAUCAAUUGAAUGGCUGGAAGUUUGCAAGAAUCGUGCUCUUGAAAAAUAUAAUAAGAAUCAAUCAAUUGUAUUUACGACUGGAACAAACACCGCUAAGAUUCAGCUCGAUAAUAUCACAGCAUUAUUGAAAUAUUUUAGUGACUUGCUGAUUGGAAUUAAUGGACAACAAAGACCAUUAUCAAGUGUUUGGGAUGAUGAUGUAACAUUUGAUAUUGAAGAGAUCAUAGCCAAUGAUCGUGAUGGAGAGAAUGAAGAACUUGAAACGACAGUAGAAGAUUCUGAUGAGGAUACAAACAAUAAAUUGUGUACCUACACAAUUACUCAAAAAGACUUUAUGAAUCAACAUUGGUAUUGGUGCUACACCUGUAAAAUGGUUGAUGACAAAGGAUGCUGUUCAAUCUGUGCUCGUGUCUGUCACAAAAAUCAUGAUGUGUGCUAUGCCAAAUUUGGUAAUUUCUAUUGCGAUUGUGGUGCAAAGGAAGAUGGAUCAUGCAGAGCAAUGAGCUUACUUGAUAACAAUGCUUCAACCAUUCCAUCAUCAACAACUUUAGAUCAUGGUGAGAUCCUUAUUAGCUCAUUAAAACGUCAAACAUCUUCAAGUGCAGUUCAACCAUGCAGUGACAUUCUCAGCUUGAUAAGCAACAAACCAUCAUUAGCCAAAAUGAUUGAUGCGUCAAAGGAUCAACUUAGUAGCGCAGAAAUGUGGAGAAAUGUCUUAAAAUGUUUGUUGAACUUCUGUAAUAAUUUACUUCCAAUCAUCAGAGACAACUGUGCUAAGUUUUCAACAGUUGGAUGCCAUUCAAGAGCUAAGAAUUCUUUGGAACGUUUACAUCUUCCAGAAAAGGCAUUCACAUACAGUGAACAAGUCAUGAUAGCAACAUUAGGGUCACAAGAAGGUGCUUUUGAAAAUGUUCGAAUGAAUUAUUCAGGAGAUCAAGGACAAACGAUUAGACAACUUUUAUCAUCAAACUUGAUUAGACGUGUAGCUCUUUGUGCUUUGUCUUCACCUCAAGGAAAGCGUCAGCACUUGGCUGUGUCACAUGAAAAAGGAAAAGUCACAAUUUUACAAUUGUCAGCUUUGUUAAAGCAAGCUGAUGCUGCUAAGAAGAAAUUGACUCUAACAAGAUUAUCAUCAGUUCCAAUUACCUGUAGUGUAUUAUCACUUGCUGCAAAUCCAGCAAAUGAAGAUCUUCUUGCCGUCUGUGGUUUGAGAGAAUGUCAUGUCUUAACAUUCACAGCAAAUGGAACAGUCAGUGAUCAUAUAGUAUUGACCUUACAACUCGACAAUGGAAACUAUUUAAGACGUGCAAUUUGGUUGCCUGGAUCUCAAACUAAAUUGGCACUUGUUACUGCUGAAUAUGUAAAAAUCUAUGACUUAGCUGAAGACAGCAUUUCACCACUCUACAACUUUGUAGUUCCAUCUGGUGAUAUUCGAGAUGUGUGCUUUGUUCUUCAAGAAGAAACUUACUUCUUGCUCAUCAUGUCAUCUCUUGGAUAUAUUUACACUCAACCAUUAAGUGAUGAAAGUUUAGCUGCACAUGGAGCUUUCUAUGUCACCAAUACAUUAGAACUUGAUCAUUCAUACAUUAGAGACGUCAAUGGACAAAUUCUAGGCGGAGGUGUAUCCAUCUAUUAUUCUCACACGUUGCAAGUCCUUUUCUUCAGCUACGCUGCUGGCAAGAGCUUCAUGGCACCACUGGUCGAUGUUAAUGAAGGUGUUAAGUGUGUUGUAAACUUAAUGCACUCGUCUAAAGUGUUCUCAAAAGGAAGUUCAAAUGGAUCGCAAUCACCAUUAUGUCAAUGGAUGGAAAUUCUCGGACAUCCAGGUUUGAUUUGUGCAAUGCAGCAAUCUACUAAUAAUCCAGUAAUCUUUAUGUUGAAACCUGAAGGAUAUUUAGUUCAAGAGAUUAAAGCUCAAAACUCAAAAGCUAAGAUUAUGGAUAUGGUUGCAAUUCGUCAUCAAGUGAGUGGAACUGAAAAGACAACAUUGAUUUUAUUGUGUGAAGAUGGAAGUUUAAGAAUUUAUGCAGCAAAUCCAGAAGUUACAAAUUAUUGGCUAUCAUCAGAAAUUCAACCAAUUGGAAAUUAUUACAAUUCUGGAAUAAUUGUCAAAGAAAGAGUUGGAAGUAAGAAGAAGGCAAAGAAGAGUUCCAGCAAGCAAUUACCAAAAAUGCAGCAACAAAUGAGUGGAACCAAUCCAAUCUUUCCUGUUGACUUCUUUGAACAUUGUACACCAUUGCAUGAUGUCGAAUUUGGAGGCAAUGACCUACUUGAAAUUUACAAUACACAGCAAUUGCAGCAUCGAUUGAAUUCCACUGGAUUCUAUGUUGCAUCUACAAGAUUUAAUGGAUUUACCUUAGAAGUAAAUAACAAAGACACGAAUGUGGUUAUAACUGGAAUUAGAUUCUUAAUUGGUUCACAAGAUAUUGCACGUGCUCCAACAGCUGUAACUAUUUUGGGAAGGAAGAUUCCAACAAUUUGCCUUCGUGCACGUUGGUUUGCAAUUCCAUUAACACGUGAAGAAAGCUUGCAGUCAGACAAAAAAUUGAACAUUCAUUUCUCACCAUCUCAAGAUCCAGAAUUUGUGACAAUGCUUGAUUCGAUUAAAAUCUAUGGAAAGACUAAGGAAAACUUUGGAUUUCCUGAUGAAAUCUUCGAUGAUUCUGGUGCCGUUUCUUCUAGUUCAGUUCAAAUUCAACAAGUCAGUGAUUCUGAUAGUCAAACUUGUAGUGUAACUCCAUUGGAUAAAAUGGUAACCAGCAUGUUGGAUGUUGUAGACAGUGGAUUUUAUUUCCUUGGAGGAUCGUCAGUUGAUUCUAUUUUAAAACAAUCAGCAAUUGAUGUGACUACUUCCUUAUUGCUUCUUCCAACUCCUGGUGUUGUUCAGCAAUUAUCGAGAUCAGUUUUGGCAACAUUACAUCCUACAAAGUCUCAAUACCAUCAAUAUAAGGAUCGCGAAAUUCUCAAUGAGAUUUCCAAGGAACUGCAAUUUAUGCUCGGAGUCACCAACUUUAAGAAUAUUGAUCCAGAAGGUUUCUAUCGUUUAGUCUUGAUGGUUAGAAAUAUUGCCAUUCAGAGACCACAACAAUUGACGAAGAUAUGCCAAGAAAAUCAAUACCCAAUUGUGACAUCAUUAAUGACUUUGACAAAAGAACUACACCGAAUUUCAAGCAAUUACGAUGAAUCUAUUAUCCACUAUGGAUUGACUCAUAAGGAAGCUACAAUCCAGUCGCUCAUUGAAAUCUUCUAUGCUUUUAUCUACACUGACAGUGCAAUGAUUGAUCAAAUGAUUAAAUUCAUUGUUGAAUUGCUACUUGAUAAAGAUCCACAAGUCAGCCACAGUGCUAAAUAUGCAAUCAUUCGAUUGUUACGUCCAAAAUGUAAGCGACAACGUAAAGUUCUUAUUGAAUCUACUACACCACCAAGCUGUCAAACUCCAACACCACAAUCAGCACCAAUUAUUGUUCCUCCACAAGAGGAUGUAUCUGCAAAUAUCCAAGAUGUUGAUUUGAUUGAACCUUUAGGUUUGGUUGCUGGUGGAGGAGCUGUUGAAAAUCGUGACUUAGUCGAACCAUCAUUAGAAGCAUUAUUAGGAAUGGCUGGAAAUGUACCAGCAUUAGGUGGACGUGAUGGGGAGGCUCUAAUGGAAUUUGCAUUGGAAUUAUACUUGCAUGAAUAUGAUGGAGAUAUUCAGGCCUUCCAAGGCCUAGCAAAUCGUCUUCGUGGAAAUCAAGCAUUCCAAGCUGUUGCUCAAGCUGCUGGAAUCGAUAUAGGUGCUGCAAAUCAACCAAGAGUAAACAAUUCAGCUGGUGGAUCAGAUGAUGACGAUGAAGCAAUUUCAAAUGCAGCUACAGACGGUUCUCGUGAUGUCAAUCAAAUGCUUGCUACAUCUCCAAGUGCUGAACAACUUAUUGACAAUACUGCUGAUGGUGGAAAUGGAUCAGAUGGAAGUAAUGAAUCUAUGGGAGGUGCAUCAGGAAGAAGUUCAACAUAUGACGAGCCAAUGGUAACAUCAAGUAACUCACCACCAAAAAUGAAUUCUAAACUUGAAGCUGUUAAGGACGAAGAAGAUAUUUGUGAACAAGAAAAUUCAGCAAAACUUCAUCAAUUGAGAGUUGCAAUUUUAGAGAAGAUGAUUGAUAACUUUGCAUCUAUUGAUGAAGUCAAUGGACGUCAAGUUAUUCCAUUUAUGCAAGUUAUUUUGAUGCUUACAACUGAUCUUGAUGGCUCACAAGAAGCUGAAAGAAAUGUUAUGACUAAAUUAUUGAGUGCAUGUAUUGAAAAAUUGGAAAUGUCUCAACCAGCACAACUAUCGAGUCGAUCAUCAAAAUCUGAAGUGAAAUUGAUCAUUAUCAGAUACUUUGGAAUCUUGAUGGGUAAAUUGAAGACGUCAUCUUCUAAAUCAAGCUCGGCUACAUCAUCUAUAAGCAUGGAUAACAUUCAAUUUGUUGCAUCAUCAACUGCAUCUUAUUUGACAAGAAGUGGUGCAAUCAACUAUUGCCUGACUAUAUUGGAAUCUUUCUUACCAUACUGGAGACAAAACUCAGCAUCAAGUGAUUCAAAUACAUCUCAAAAUCCAGCAAACGGUGCACAUAUUGUAACAUCAGGUGGAAUGCCAACAAAUUCAUUAUUGAAACCGACACUUUAUGGACCAGUCCCAGACAUGCAACCAUUCUUUGCUCGUCAAUAUAUUAAAGGAUUGACUGAUAUAUUUGAAUUAUAUCCACAAGUCUUGACAGAAAUGGCAGUUCGAUUGCCUUAUCAAAUUCUGAAAUUGACAAAUUCAAACUCAAAUCAACAACAACACACAUACGAUUCUGCAUUGACAUUCACAUUGUGUGAAUAUAUGCUGCACAUGCAAUCACCAUCGAUUCGUCGACAAGUUCGUAAACUGUUGCUUUACAUGUGUGGAAAUAAGGAACGUUACAGAAAAUUGAGAGAUUUGCAUUCAUUGAAUGAACACAUGAAAGCUAUAAGAGCUUCAUUGAAUAGCUCCGGAUUGACUUAUCAAUCAUUGGUAUCAUUGAUGGAUCACUUGAAAGCAUGUUAUGAAAUUGCAUCGGCACGAACUGGAAAUUGGCAAAGAUUCUGCCUCCUCAACACUGACAUUCUCUCAUCUCUGCUCAGUUUGAGUUGCCAGCAAUUGGAUCAUGAACAAAUCUCAACGAUUAUCUUACAAUUAUUGCAAGCAGCUGUUGUAAGUACGAACAGCACAACAACACCAUCAAUUCAAGAAGCAGCAACAUCAUCGACUGGAGCACAAGUGAAAACAAAAGAACGCAAAGAUCGCGAUAAAAGUGAAGAAUUAGAUAAUUUGGGAACCGAAACGAAAUUCGAUCCAGCAAAUUGUAAUCUUCUCGUACAGCAAAUAUUCAAUCAAGUUUCCAUGCCCAAUUUAUCAUUGUUCAUUAAAACAUUCUUGUUAGAGACGAACAGCAUAAAUAUACGCUGGCUAGCACAUGGAUUGAUCUAUGCAUUCUAUGAGAAUUGUAAUGAAGCUAAUAAGAGCAAAUUAUUGGAAGUUCUAUUUGCAUUAUGGCCAAUGAUACCAGUCUAUGGAAAGCGAACACCACAGUUUAUUGACUUGAUUGGAUUCUUCACACUUAACACAAAAUCUGUUGUACACUUGUUGCCCGAGAAAAUUUCUAAAGCCGUGAAAUUAUUACGUGAACAAAAUGAAUUUGUUACUAAACAUCCAUCGGCAUCUUUGUACACAUCACUCGGACAGGUUCUUGAUAUGGAUGGAUUUUAUUUGGAAUCAGAACCUUGCUUGGUCUGCAAUAGUGUCGAUAAGUCAUUCAAUAUCAUCAAAUUGACAUCAAUUAAAAUGGAUUCAAAGUUUACAACUAAUUCCAACAUCAUCAAGCUUGUUAACUCUCAUAUUAUCUCGAAGAUCAUCUUGAGAAUCGGUGACUUGAAGAGAACCAAGAUGGUUCGUACAAUUAAUGUCUAUUACAACAGCAGAAAUGUACAAGCUGUCGUUGAAUUGAAAAAUCGACCAUCAAUGUGGCAUAAAGCAAAGUCAGUUACAUUGCAAUCUGGUCAAACUGAUGUCAAAAUCGAACUCUCAUUGCCGAUUAUCGCAUCAAACAUCAUGUUCGAGUACGAAGAUUUCUACGAAACUGUCACAAGUUUACCAGAAAGUUUACAAUGUCCACGUUGCUCAGCAACCGUUCCAGCCAAUCCCGGUGUAUGCAAUAACUGUGGCGAACACGUAUUUCAAUGCCAUAAAUGUCGUGCAAUUCAUUAUGAUGAGAAGGACCCAUUCAUAUGUCAAUCAUGCGGUUUCUGCAAGUAUGCUAAAUUUGAUUAUAGCAUUUAUGGACGUCCAACGUCUGCUGUCGAUUCCGUUGAGUCUGAUGAGGAUCGUGCAAAGACUGUACAGACAAUAAACAACCUGUUGGAGAAGGCAGACAAGAGUUAUCGUGAAAUAUUGAAUGUUCGUCAAUCAUUGGAAUUAUUAAUUCCAAAAGUUGCUGACGGUGGAAUGGCAGCAGAAUUGAUUGGCGGUGCAAUUUCAAGUACAAUGCACAUCAAUAAAAUCGUUCAGCAGAUGGAGAAGAAGUAUUGCAGUGAAGGUAAAACUCAUUUUGAGGAUUUGACAAAAAUCGUUCAGAAAAUUCAAGCAUGUCGUCGUGAACUUGUUGCUUACGAUAAGUUACAAUUAGAUACAACACCUGUUACUCCCGUUGUCAUGCCAACUGAAUCAUAUGAUAUCACUCAUAACAGAUGUUAUGGAUGUGCACUUGCGUCUAUCGAACAAAUUCUUACUUUGUUACGUGGUAUGGGAUCUCAAAUUCAAUGUCGUAUGCUGUUAUGUAGUGAGGGUUUGAUUGAAGAAUUGGCGACAAAUAAUUUACGUCACGGAACUGAUCAGAAGAUCCAAGAAGAAGUUCGUAAUUUGUUGUGUCUGUUGACAAGAGAUUUACCGGAACCAACUGAGAGACUCUGUAAUUUGUUAAAAGGAAGAGUUAUUGCUGCACUUGAAGGAAGUGUCCCGUUGUCUAAUUUAGAUAAUGCAGUUCGUAAUGAGAUGUCAUUAUUAGAAGCUAUGGCAAUGCAAGAAGACACAUGCUGGCAAAUGAAAUUGAAACCAAUCGUUGAACUGUUUAAGAAGGCAAGCAAUGAUCCAAGAGGACCUGUAACUCCAAUAGUUCAGCCAUGCUUGCGUGUCAUUCAAUUCAUGUGCAAUCCACCAGCACCAACAAGUAAGAAAAAUAAAGGAAAAUCAGCACUUGACUUGUGUACAGUCAAACCAUCAGCAGGAAUUUCUGUCAACACUCAGAGAUGGCUUGAUGAUGAUAAACAGCACUCUUAUGAGGCAUGGAAGGCACGUCAAUCAACAAAUGCUUCAGUUACAGCACAACCAGUCGAUCCGAAAUCAAAAGCUGACACAUUCAUGGCUGUAAUGGAUGAGAAACGUCAACAAACUCGUCGUCUAUACUUGACUGAAAAAUAUGGUCAUCGUUGGCUUUCAAACACAAUUAAGAAACGUCUACAAGCUCCAUUGAAAUUAAUACCAAACUAUUUGCCGAGUAUUCUAUUCCAUCCAACAUCUCGACUUGUUCGCGUUAAUGCAUGCUCAUUAGUAACGUCUUGGAUGUCAACACACGACAGAAAAAUCCGUAUAUUGAACUUAUUAACAGGAUUCUUAAAAUAUAUUGGUGAGGCAGGCGAGGCAAGUGGUGAAUUUAUUGACUUGUUUAAACAAAUAGCUCAAGAGGCACCAUAUCGUCAAUAUUUGGCUUUAAAUCACGUCAUCACGAAGAUUUUAGACUUAUUGAAUAAUGAGUUUGAAAAGAUCUAUCGAUUGGAAGAAUCUACAACGCUUUCAACCGAUUUGGGACAAGGAUAUGCAUUGAAACAAUAUGUUGACCUGAUUUCGAUGUUUUUGGAAAAUCCUCAAAUUAUCAAGGCUUAUAAAGGCGUUGUCUUGCAAAAUAUUAUUCAAAGCUAUUUGAAUCUACGCAAGUUGGUCGUACAAAGAACAAUGUACAUCGAUGAAGCUCAAAAGAGUUUAAUGAACUUGUUGGAAGAAUUGACAAGUGGAACUGAAGAAGAAACGGCUGCUUUUAUGGCAAUUUGUAUUGAUAUUGUUCGUAAGACACCUCCUAAUGAUUUGAAGACACCACUUUUCAUGUUCGAACGUUUAUGCUCAACAAUUCACUCUGAAGAUUCAGAUAAUGACGAGUUCUUCUUAAAUUUGGAGAAAGAUCAGCUUCAGGAAGAGUUCAUUCAAGGAAGGAUGUUAGGAAAUCCAUAUCCAUCUACUGAACCAGGUUUAGGUCCAUUGAUGAGAGAUGUUAAGAAUAAAAUCUGUUUUGACUGCGAGAUCAUGGCUAUGUUGGAAGAUGAUAAUGGAAUGGAACUGCUUGUUCAUAAUAAAAUCAUCAGCUUGGAUUUGCCAGUCAAAGAAGUUUAUAAACGAGUAUGGCUUGCUGGUGGUGGAGAACGUGACACAAUGAGAAUCGUCUAUCGUAUUCGUGGAUUGUCUGGUGAUGCAACUGAAGAAUUUAUUGAGAACCUAAAACCAACAAGUGCUCAGGAAGAAGACAACGAGCAAAUUUAUCGUAUGGUCAACGUGAUUGUUGAUUGUGGUGGAUUGAAAGUUAUUUUGGACCGAAUGAGCUAUUUGCAGAAUGUAAGCAAGUCUAAGCCGUUCUUACAAACUCUCUUAAAACUCUUCUUGAUGUGCGUUAAGGUUAAGAAAUGUCGUGAAGAACUCUGUCAACCAGAACUAAGAGCAAUUUCAACACUGCUUAAAGUCCUUCAUUUAAGUCUUCAGCAUCAAGUUCAAGAAAAUGAUCCUCAAAUGUCAACCGUCACUGAACAACUGCUUGAAAUUAUGGAAACAAUUUUGGCUAAAGCUGCAUCUGAUUCCUUGGAUUCGUUCCUACAAUUCUCAUUAACCUUUGGUGGACCUGAAUAUAUUGAGGCUUUACUGUCAUGCACCAAUCAUGCAAAUGUUAGAAACAAUCGAUGCUUGAUUAGAGUCGUUGCUGCUUUGGUUUAUGGAAAUGACAUCAAAAUGGCUUUGCUUUGUGAUUACUUCAAGAACUGCUUUGACUUUGAGAAAUUCGAUGUUGAAAGAACACCUGAAGAAGAAUUCCAAUUAGAAUUGUUCUGUAUUCUCUGCUCAGCUAUUGAAAAGAACUCGAUUGGUGGAAUCUUAAAGGAUUAUAUUAUGGGACUUGGAAUUGUCGAAAAAGCUAUAAGUUACAUAGUCAAAUAUGCACCAACUAAUCGUAUUAUUCUGCUUCCAUUUGCUUCAUCUUUGGAUUCUGAAGAAUUAAAAAUUUUCAUCUCAAAACCAUCAUUGAAGUACAUCCUGCAAUUCUUAUCAGGCUUGGCAAAUAAACAUGAAAAGACUCAACUUGCAGUUGCUAAAGAAUUAAUUCCAAUUGUCCAUCAACUCGAGCAAGUUUCAUCAGAUGAACAUGUUGGAAGUUUGGCUGAAAAUCUUCUUGAAGCAUUAAGUUCUGAACCAGCAACAGCAAAGACUGUUCAAGAAUAUCGUGAUUCGACUAAAGCUGAGAAGAAACGAUUAGCUAUGGCUACACGUGAGAAACAACUUAAUGCGAUGGGAAUGAGAACUAAUGAAAAAGGACAAGUCACAGCAAAGGAACAAGUUUUACAAGAACUUGAUAAUGCAAUGGCUGAUUUAGUUAAACAAGAGACAGGCUUAACAUGCUUCAUCUGUCGCGAAGGAUAUGCAUCUCAACCUAAUCAAGUCAUGGGCAUUUAUACAUUCACAAAGCGUUGUCCACUUGAAGAGUUUGAACAGAAAUCAAGAAAGACUAUGGGAUAUGCUACAGUCAGUCAUUUCAAUGUCGUCCACACCAACUGUCAUAUGAGUGCUAUAAGAAUCUCACGUGGACGUGAUGAAUGGGAAAGUGCAAGUUUACAGAACACCAACACUAAAUGUAAUGGAUUGUUGCCAUUAUGGGGACCAGAAGUCAGUGAGACUGCAUUUAGUGCAAGCAUGGCUCGUCAACACAGCUACUUGCAAGACAGCACACAACGAAUUGAGAUUACAUUUGUCAGUGGAAUUCAAGACUUGAAGUUAUUACUGCUCAGAUUUGCACACGAAAAGAGCUUCCAUAGCGAUGCUGGUGGUGGUGGCCCACAGUCAAACAUGCACUUAGUUCCAUACUUGAUGUUCUUCUCGCUUUACAUCUCCUUAUCAACGCGCUUAUAUACACGUGAAGAAAAGACAUUGACUGCAUUUUUGAAUCAACCCGUUGGAGAAAAGUGGCUGGAAUCAGCAUAUGAAAUCGAUGGACCAACUUAUCAGAUUGCGUUGAGUAUCGUUCUGCACACACCUGAAUUGUGGAUGAAGAAUCGAAUUAAGUAUUUGAAGAGAUUGAUUGCAAUUUAUCAUGUUCGUCAUUUAUAUCCAACAACAACCUGCAAGGCAUUGAAUGGAAUCGGUGAUAAAGAUCCAAAAGAUUAUUCUGCCUAUAAAGGAGGAUUAAUGCUCUUCGCUUUGGUUGAAUUGAUCUACAAAUACUUCUUCAAUAAAGUCGUUAUUCCAAAGGAUGAAGACUGGCCCGUGUCAUUAUUCAAUUAUAUUCGCAAGAAUGAUGAAGCUAUGGUUAAAUCAGCUGUAACUGUCUUGGAGAAUUUCCGUGAAGAAUAUUUGCCGUGUACAUCAUUUGGAGAGUUCUGCGAUGUUGCUGGCUUAUUUGAAGAUAUUGACGACCCAGAUAAGUUCUUAUCAGAACUUUUGCAAUCUUUGCCAGGCGGAAACUAAAUUUCUAAUAAUAAUAUUUUUUUGUGUGGUAUAAAUGCACUUUAAUAAUACUAUUAAUCUUUUAACUGGAAUGAACUUUUGUAACAGACAUAUGGAAAAUUAUAAAUGAAUUGGAAUUGUAUUUGAUAGCUGGAAUAUACUUAUUAAUAAAAAUAUAUAUCUAAUCAAUUAGCAAGAAAAAUA